GAGAUUUCUCUUCGAGGUCGCGGCCUAGGGAAUGCCGGGAAGGACGGCCACGGUGAUGCGUGUAGAAGAGCAACUGGUAAGUACAGGAUACACUGUGACAGUACUUCUCCGAGCGUACGUAGACGAGGACUUGACGUUGAGUGAGUGUAGACAACGAGCUAGGGAUUUGAUCUACGAGCGUAGAGCUGAUGUACUGGCGCGAGUGACCUUCCAGACCUCGAUUUCCUAUGAUGUGAUGAUAUGGUCUCAUGGUUAUAUGCGCGCGGAGCACUACCACGAUGAGACGGUAGCGGAGGCUAGAGCGAGGGUGAGAGGUCUCGGUAGGGAAGUUAAGGAAGCUCGACCGAAGGAUGGGAAAUGGACUACGUACAAGAAGAAUCUCGUUAAACUUUACAAAUUGGAGGAUAACAAGUAUUCCAUCAAGAACCUUGAAACAAUGACUCAAUAUGAAGAUGAGAGCGUACGGGCAUUUGGGAUGCGUUUCCAGAAGAUCUCCGAUGUGCUGAUGAAAAAGGGGAAGAUCUCAGAGGUCGAGCGCUGUACUAUCUUCAUCGGACACUUGUCCAAAGGUAGGCAAAAGAGUAUACUUAGAGAUCUUCCGCGCGACAGGCUUGAUUUCCCAGAAGUCCUAAAGCUCGCGAUAAAGACAGAGGCAGACGAUUACAAGGACUUGGUGUGGAGAGGGAUGAGGAGACGUGACUUCUCUCUCUACAAGGAGUAUGUCACUGAUAGAUGUCCUGAUUUCAAGGACUACCCCUGGUCGGAGAAGAAUGAGGCCGUGGCUGAGGAAGUGAAGGAGAUACGGGACAUGGUGAAGGGAUUAACGAGACAGGUUACAGAGAUUGUGACCGUCACAUGGGUCACGGCCUACCGGGACAACCCUGGAGGGCCCUAUUCACUCCGCUGGGACCGUAGGAACAACGAUCCCUGGAGGAGUGUCGAGGAUAGAAAUCCUCGGACGCUGAUUGACUAUCGAAUGAGGGGAAGAGAGAGAGACGAUGAGCCAUGGCGACGUAGGGACGAUGAGAUAGACCGAGACCACAGAGAUCGCGAGCCGUUUGUGCGAGCAAGGAGGCUGGAUGAUUACCCGCGAAGCCCUCGCUGUGAGGCCGAUCGGGGUAGACACGAUAGGGCGUCUACUCCCAGGAACUCAUGCGUCUACUGUAGAGGAGAAUAUCAUAUCAAGAGGGAUUGCUCGGACCUCAAACGGGCAAUAGAAGAGGGACUUGUCGUGCUUGACGACUGCAAGUACGUCAAGUGGGCAGAUGAUCUCGGAGAUGUAUCGAUGUUCCCUUCGAUGAAGGAGAAUGUCGAAGCAAGGAGAAUUAAGACGAGUAAAGGAAUGGAGCCGGUCAGAAGCCAGAGCAUCAAGAUAACCUUUGAGGGAGAUAUGACGACCACACCCAUAAGGGUGGCGGCCACCAAGUCGGCGAGAGGGUCUACAUCAAAGAAAACUGACACGGAUUACGUGAUGGCGGAGAAGGACGGGCAGCGGGUCGAUGGAGAGGAGGUUAUCCUUUCACCGCGAGAAUGCUCUAUUCUGGAGUACCUGGCGGCAUCGACACCAGCUCGUGACGAGUUACAAAUGAUCACGCGGAAGACUCGCAUACCUCUUUCGGAGGAGGGUCAGGGGGGCCCUAAGGCGGAAGCUUCUAUAGUAGUAGUAACGGGGGUGACCGCCAGAGCGGAUCGCAUGGCGACGGUCCUUCUUGAUGGAAUGGAAGGUGUGCCUCCAGACAAGUUUUAUAUACUUGGUAGCGGGGCCGUGRAGACGAUUAUAAACGAUGGAGCGGUACUCGAUGCUGUGAUUGAUAACGGCAGUGAGGCUGUCAUCAUAGACGAGGACCUGGCGGUACAAGUUGGACUGGGCCUCGAUAGGUCAUACCUAUUCGAGAUAGAGACGGCUGAUGGGAGAAAGCAACAGAUCACUGGCGUUUGUCACAAGGCAGCCAUAGAGGUCCAAGGGGUACGAGUGACCCUGCCUAUCUUUGCAGUCAAGAACUGUAGCUCCGACCUGCUCUUGGGUCGAACGUGGUUGAGCCACGUGCAUGCGGUGAUGAUAGAGCGACCUGAUGGGAGCCAAACAUUGUCCAUUAAGAAGCCAGACGGGACACGAGUAAUGAUUGAGACAGUGGAGCCUCGGGACCCGAGGAACAGAGCAGCUCUCGCUGUGGGUGCGAGACGCAGUGAGCAGAUUAAGUCGUUGCCUAUCUCCAGCCGCGCGGUGCGAUUUCGCGAGAAGAAAUAUGGACCACUGCUCACAGAGGAAGAAGGUCGGAUGGUGGAGAUCGAAGACUUAGGGAGUCGGCUAAUAGUGGAUGGCAACUCGUACCCAAAGGAAAAAGAUGAGGAAUUUGGCGGUGUGAUAUCUGUGUCUUUUUUAAGGGCACGGCCCCCUAUGGGGGGCUACCCAAGCGACACAAACGAGUAGCGCAAAAAGUUAAGCCAGCGGCGGUGGGCCGCGAGCGAUCUGCACUAGAAGGGAUAUCGGAAGAAGAGAUCGCAAAAGAAAUCAAAGAAAGAAAGAAAA